GGGGACCUCAGACGGCCGUCAGACGCGCCCAACCGGUUUAUCUGCACAGCAUUGAUCACCAAAGUAGUUCCGCAGCCGAACUUUUGACCCCUGCGGCUCGCGCGUACAAAAUAGAUCCUGGGGGGUCUGCCUCCCUGACAACAUUCGCCUGCGUCUACAGUCCGCGGGCGACCGAACGAGUCCGCGAAGGCGCGUGCACGCCACGUCUGAAACCACUGACACAUAAAACAUGAGCCAUCUCGACCAGAUCGCACGCGCCGGCGGCGGCGGCGACGGCGGCCCGCCACAAGCGAAGAUCGGUCCCGCCCCGACCGGUCGCGCGAAAUGCUCGAAGUGCGCCGCAAAUAUUGAGAAGGGAACGCUGCGCGCGACGACCUUCAGCUCGAGCGCGUUCCACGACGGCUACGACGCGUCCCAUUACCACGCGCUCUGUGCACCAGCAUCGGCCCGCGGUAGCUUCGACCCGAAGGCUACCUUGUUGCUACCGUGGCGCGACCAGCUCACUUUCUCUUCCCACGAGUCCCAGAAGAAUGACCUCCGCUCCAACGCGCGAGCGCAAGCGGCGAGCGACCUCUUCUGCCGCACGCGUACCGCCCUCGCGAACGACUGCAGACCCAAGGACGUGAAGCAGCUCGUAGAGGAGAACGGCUACUCGCUCCACUGCGGCCCGAAGCCUAUUCCACUCGAGAUUCUCGUCGAGAUCGCCGCCGACGGCCUCUGCUUCGGACGGCUACCGAAAUGUGCCGUGUGCGGCGGUCGAGCGCUCCGACACGCCGGGGCCGAGCAGGGCUCCCACUCGAUAACGUGGUGCACGGGGUGGGCGUCCGCGUCGACGCCCUGCGCCUUCGUCACGAGCGAACCGCCGGCGCGAGAGGCCUGCUGGACUGGCUCUGCAGGCUUGCGCAAGAAUACGAAGCCGCUCCGGGCUCUCGCUGCAUUAUUAUCGGAGGCUGACGCGCGGGCGCGGCGCGAGGCGCCGGAGCCCGAAGCUCGGGCGUCAAAGAAGCCCCGGACGGCGCCGCCGCCGCCGCCACCGCUACCAGCGGUCUCGCCGCGCCUGCGGCCCGUACCGACGGACUCGCGGCUGCUCGUCGUCGAUCCCAUGGCGCUGCAGGAAGCUGGGUGCAACGCGGGCGCGCGCGACGCUGCUAUCGUUCUCACGCAUAACGGAUGCACGGCCAUGAACGUGCAGCUGACCUACGUCGACGCCGCCUCGGAGACGAACAGCUUCUACCGCCUCCAGUGCUUCCAGUUCGAGCGGGGUGGAUUUGGCAUUUUUACGAGAUGGGGCCGCGUCGGCGAGGACGACGGUCUGCGCAAUUACAUGGCCGGGGCAAGCUCGGCGCAGAACAAAUGUAUGCUGCAUUUCCACGAUGACCUGGAAUCGGCGACUGAGGAGUUCGCCAAGGUCUUCAAGCGGCACACGCGCCAGGAUUGGGCGGCGUAUGCUGCGGCGCGGGAGUUUACGCACCAGCCGGGCUGUUAUGAUAUUGUGCGCCACGCGGACGCCGAAUUGCUGGCGGACGGCGAGGCGGCGGCACCCGGGCGGCCGGCGCUGACGGACGCACCGCUACCUGUAGAUCUCGACGGUCUCGGCGUCAAGGCGCUCAAGGGUUUCUGCGCGGAACGCGGCGUCGACGUCUCGAGGUGCCUCGAGAAGGGCGACAUCGUCGACGCGCUGCGGGCGUCGGCGCCGGCCGUCGCCGCGCCGGCGGCCGAGACGGCUCUCGCGGCGCCGGCGCUCCCGCUGCCCGAGAGCGUCGCGCAGUUCGUCGAGCUCAUCUUUUCCAAGAAGCGCAUGGAGGACGAGCUCUCGCGGCGAAACGUCGACACGAGCAAGUUCCCGCUGGGCGAGAUCUCGCCGGCGUGUAUCCGGGCGGCGUACGCCGCGCUGUCCGCGGCAUCCGCGGCGCUCGACCGGCCCGCCUCGGCAGCAACCGACGACGUCCAGCGCGCCCGAGACGCCCAGGCUAUUCAGACGGCGACGAACGACUUCCUGCGGGCGAUACCGCAUCAAGUUCCCCGCGGCGGCAUGGCGGCGCUGCGCCUCGAUAAUAUUGAAGUCAUACGCCAGAAGACGGACCUCGUCUCAACCUUGGAGCAGAUCCUCAAGCGUCUGCAGCUGGACCGCGCGGCCCCGAAACAAGCUAUUUCCGAAGCGCCCGGCGACGUCUUGAGGAGACAGUACGCCUCGCUCAAGUGCGACCUGACACCUGUGCCGCGGGACUCCGCGGCCUACGCGGCCAUCGCGGGCUACCUGCGUCGGGGCUGGGCCGAGUGUACGCUGGAGGCUAUCUUCGAGGCCACGCUCGCGGGCCAAACAGAAGCUUUCGAGCCGCACCGGAAGUCGAACGUACAUUUGUUGUGGCAUGGAAGCUCUCUGUCGAAUUGGGCGGGCAUAUUGAGUGGAGGUUUGCGGAUAGCCCCUCCCGAGGCGCCGGUGAACGGCUACAACUUCGACAAAGGGUUGUAUUUCGCCGACGUGUGCGCGAAAUCAGCUCAAUAUUGCCGCGUCCACUCGGGCGCCGCCGCGGUGCUCUGCCUUGCUGAGGUCGCGGUUGGCGAUCCGCUCCUGAAGCGCGCCCCGGACCACAACUCCAACAACGCGAGACGUCUCUCGGGCAAGGAUAGCGUCGUGGCCAUGGGUCUAAGGGAGCCGGACCCGUCGGCGGGCUACGAGCGCCUCGGCUCGGCGAGGCUGCCGCUCGGUCGAGUGACCGAUUACGCGCCGCCCGAGGACGGGCCCCAGCGCUACAUGGGCCACAACGAGUACAUCGUCUACGACGCGUCGCGCCACCGCAUCAAGUACGUCGUCCAGUGCCGCGCCGCUUGACGCCUGUAAGUGACUAUGCAUGUAUAAAAC